AGACUGCAAACUUGCGAUUGAUUGGAGGACUUACGAUUGAUUUGGAUCGAUCGUAACUCUUUGUAAGACGGGGCCCUGAUCACGCAUCCGACACGAGUAGAUCCUAGUAUAUAUUUCUAUAUCAGAAAUAUCUCUCAUAAGAUCGCAUCCGAGACGUCUUGUCUGAGAGUCCUAGGUUAGUGCCAAAUUCAUUGAGGUCGAACGUUAGACUCUGAGCUGUCGACUGUCGAAUUAUCAAGAUGAGUCUGAGUAAAGUACUUGAGGAAAUCAAGGAGAAGGGGAUCACUGCAGUCAGAUUUGAGCAGACCGACUUACAUGGCAUAGCCCGGUCGAAGCUGAUACCUGCCCGUCACUUCAAGGAAAAAGCAACGGGAGGGGUGAACUGUUACUUGGGUCAUCUCGGUAUGAGUCUCCAAGCGGAUGUGAUCCCAGGGACUGGGUAUGCUGAGGAAGUCGGAUUUGCUGAUGCCGUCCUGUUCCCGGAUUACAGUACAUUCACGGUGCUUCCUUGGGCUGAGAACACGGCUCGUAUUCUGAUUGAACCAACUUAUAAAGGGGAAUACGUAUCUGCUCACCCAAGGGUCUUGGCACGCAAGCAGCUGGAGAAGCUCAAGAACCUAGGUUAUUCCCUGUAUUCUGCUCACGAACACGAGUUCUACGUUGUGGAUAAGGAGACCAAGAAACCUAUCAACAAUGAUGUCAAUAUUCGAUCCACUUUGAGGAUGUUUCCGAUCCGGAACUUUGUCAAGCAGGUUAUGGAGGAUAUGCCCAUUGUCGGUGUUGAUAUAGAAGCAGUUGAAUCUGAAUAUGGCCCUGGACAGGUGGAGAUAUCCUACAAACCAGCUUUCGGGAUCAGGGCUGCAGACAAUGCUUUCACUUUCAAGACUAGUAUCAAAGAGAUUGCACUUCUCCAAGGGUUUCAAGCGUCUUUCAUGUCAAAGCCGUUCCCCAACCAGAGUGGAUCCUGUACCCACUUUUGCCAUUCCCUGUACGAUGCAGAUGAGAAAACCCCUGUGUUUUACGAUCCCAACAGUCCCAUUGGUCUGUCGGAGGUUUGUCAGAACUGGGCUGCAGGAAUACUUGCACAUGCCCCUGCGAUUGAAGUCCUCAUGGCUCCCACAGUAAACUGUCUGAAGCGAGUUGGAGGAGCAUUCUCUCCGAUGAACGCCACUUGGGGUAUGGACAACCGCUCCGCCUUGCUUCGUGUCAAGGUCAACGGAGACAAGGGCACCUACUUAGAGAACCGUGGGGGAGCCGCUGGUGCUAACUGCUACCUGGUGUUGGCUGCAACAGUUGCAGCAGGAAUGGAUGGUAUCAUCAACAAGUACAAGCUUCCUGCAGAGGUUACAGGGAUAGCUUCUAAUCCUGAAGACAUCCCGCCCAAGACGCCCAAUCUGCCUAACACCAUGGAGACCGCGUUGGAGGCUCUUAUUAAUGAUGAGGUAAUUAGGGAUGCCUUUGGAGAGGAUUUCAUCAAGUGCUUCAGUGCUGUGAAGAUGCAUGAAGUGAAGCUAGCAAGAGAGGCCCAGGCUAAAGGCCAAGAUGAUUGGGACUUUGAUUUCUACUUUGAGUAUCUGUGAAAAUGAUUUACUGGUAAUUAUCUUUGUUGUGGGAGCCGAAGUAACAAAAAUAUUGGGGUACAAAUGAGAAUGGAUUAAGUGUUUAAAUUCAUAUUUGGUGGCAUGAAACUAUUGUGAAUCCCAACCAUUCACAAUAAUUGUGAAGUUUCAUUUAUUUUCUGUUUGAACCAGAAGGGUUUUAACUCUGUGUAUACUGUAAUGAUAUGAGUUAAUGCCCUUCUGGGUAUAAACAGACAAUAUGAUAUAUGGAUAUAUGUCUCAUAAGACAAGCUGAUAUAUAUAUAUAUAUAUUGAGUUGAAUAGGUGGUGGCAAAAUUGCUUAUUUCGAUACUACAUGUAGGUAUAAUCCUUGUAUUCAAAAUCAUGUAAACGUAACACCAUAGCGCUAGCAGGGUAUAUUGUAUAAACAAAAUAUCCUUAUCAAUAUAAUUGUUAUUUUAAGAAAUGUAGAUGUUUAUUUUAUUACAUAUGAACUGAAUGACUGAAUACUGAAUUUUUAAGGUAAUAGUUUUCACUCGGGUUAAUUUAAAGGCUGAAUAUAGGAAUGAAUAGAUCAGAAUAUAUCAACAGGAAUAUGCAUACUAAUAUGCAUUUAUUAUUUCAAUAAUACACCAUUACACUUCUUAUACAAGUGAUGUAAUGUAAUUUUUAAAAAGUAUCAAAGUUAACAAAUGAUAGUGGAAUUAAGAAAUUAUAUGAAAUCAAUUGAUCUGUAAUAGGUUGACAAGAAAUAAUCAUAUUUGACUUUGAUGAAGGUCAUCAUUGGUAUCCUAUAAAUAGUAAUGUUAUCAGCUGACACCAACCAAAUCAUUUCUGUAUACUUUGGCAUUAAGUGCAUGUACGUGUACUUACACAUAUAUAUUUCACAGGAAAGUGGAAACAAAAUCCAGAAAUCUAUUUCUUUAAUACUUCUGUUUUCUUAAUCACAAAAAACAUGUAAUAAUACUUUUGGAUGUGAUGUAAAACAAAACAAUGAGAAAUUGAAACCAAAGUCAAAUACAGUUAAAUGUGAAAUAUAUUUUUGUCAAACCAAUCUUUAUACAUGUAUAUUCAUUUAUUGCAUAUUAUGAACUUAAAGUGGUGGGCAUCAUUUGAAAUUUGGGUCAUCAUUGAUUUCCUAUUAUUGACAGCUGGGCCCAAAUGAUAAUACUUAGUAGGCAACAGCUGCAUUUUGCACUGAAAAGAAAAAUGAUAUAAUAAAACGGGAUUGCAUUAUGAUUGAUCUAUCAUAAUAUAAUGCAAUCCCUUUUUAUCAGAAAAUUAAAAUUACACUUGUGGGUCAUCUAGAAUGAUUGAUGGUAAGCAGCGUAGACUGACAUAAUCUCCAUUAGUUGCUUGACAAUAAAUGUGAUUUAAGCUACGGUCACAAAGGUCCUACGAACUAUGUGUUUGUACGAAUCUCCCUGUUUUUCCAUUGUCUUCCCGAAUUUCCAUUGUCUGAAAAUCGUUUGUACGGCGUUCGUAGCAGUUCGUAAUGGCAUUUGUGACCGAGGCUUUAAUCCUCAACUCUUUAAUAGAGAUUCCAGUGUAUUUUACCUUGAUAUUUGUAAAUGUUUUGAGAUUAGAUAUCAGGGAUUAUUGUCAUUAGUUUUCACCAAAGGCUGAUGUGUAAUUCCAUACUCUCAUGAAAAAUUAGAAUCAUGUAUAACUUGAUUUGAUAACAGAUAUUGUUUAUUCCAUCUCUUAUUAGAAACUGAGUAAGGAAGAAUAUGUUAUUCAUGAACUUAUAUUCCACAUUUACCUGUUUACCCUAAUGUGUUUGUCAAAUUGAUGUAUGUUUGGUACACUUUCAGUUUUAGCAUUGCAUAUAAUCUCAACAUUCUGAAUUAUUCAUUACAUUUCCAUUUUUCUUAUCGAUUACAUAUUUAUAAGAAUAUGGUCAGGUGGAUGAAAGUUUCUCAUUCAGGGAAUUCGACUACACUGUAUGGUUGUGGUAUACAAGUAUAAGUUUGAUUGUCUUCAGUCAGCAUGUAUAUUUUCAGAUUUGUUAUAGUCUGUUGAGAGCCAGAAGUAAAUUUCCAAAUAGGAUGUCAAUUCACAACGCUCUGGUAUGGUAUGGUAUAUUUUAUUUAUUCAAGGUUAAAAACUAAUACAAUAAAUUGUGCCCGCAUUCAGCAAAUGCUGUUUUUCAGCGAGGCCUAAGUUUUAGCAUUGCAUAUAAUCUCAACAUUCUGAAUUAUUCAUUACAUUUCCAUUUUUCUUAUCGAUUACAUAUUUAUACGAAUAUGGUCAGGUGGAUGAAAGUUUCUCAUUCAGGGAAUUCGACUACACUGUAUGGUUGUGGUAUACAAGUAUAAGUUUGAUUGUCUUCAGUCAGCAUGUAUAUUUUCAGAUUUGUUAUAGUCUGUUGAGAGCCAGAAGUAAAUUUCCAAAUAGGAUGUCAAUUCACAACGCUCUGUUAUGGUAUGGUAUAUUAUAUUUUAUUUAUUCAAGGUUAAAGACUAUUACAAUAAAUUGUGCCCGCAUUCAGCAAAUGCUGUUUUUCAGCGAGGCCAUGCUCUCAACAGACACUUUGUAUUAGAAGUGGUAUGUCGAAAUCCAAAGAAAAUCUGCGUUACAAAUUAUAGUUAUGAGUACCUCUUUGUGAGUAACUCUGGCAUAACAAGAUACCGAUGGCAUAACAAGGCAACUUUUGCUGGUCCUUUUUUUACCUCAUGUAUCUUAUCUUGUUACAUCAGGAUAUAAACGAAGGACCAGCAAAAGUUUUCAUUUUCAUGGGCCCAAUAUCAUUGUUAUGUAACUAGUUUUUAGUGUACACUUCUUUCAGUGAAUCGAAGUAUAAAUCUUUAAGUUUUUUUUUCUUCAUUUGUUUAUUUUUGAAUGUGAUAAAAAUGUUAUGAUUUCUUUAUGACUGGUUUCUAGAAGGUUUGUGUAAUAUUUAAGUUACAUUUGAAAUAAAAAAAAGGUUUGUGUCAUAUUAAGUUACAUUUGAAAUGGGUACAUGUAAAAGUGAUAUUAUAGAGUUUGGACUUCAUGUAUUUGACAAUCUUCAAAUUCGAUGUUUGAUGUAGAAUUGUAGCUGAUCAUGAUAGUGAAUUUUCUUUAAAAUCAUUUUUUUUUUAAUGGUAUCAGAAAAUAAAGGCCAAUAUAAUUGUUAAUACACAGCA